GUUACUUCCAUCUCUCAACAUUACCAUUUGUCCUUCCUUGACAUUAACUAACAAAACCAUGCCACAAGCUAUUCUUACCUUGCUUAGUGAGUUACACGUAAAUUCCCUCCCUCUAAAAGUUGUCACCAUUUUCAGACAACACCAAAUGUUGUCUUUUUUCCUUUCCUCAAAAACCACAAAACAUACUCUGUCAUGCUCAAUUCAACCAAUUACCGCUUGUUAUUUCUUUUAUUUCUUUUGUUCUUGAUUUCAGUUCCAUCGUUUCAACACAAAUUGUUAGCCUCAGCUUCAGAGUCCUCUGUUCAUGGAAGGAGUUUCAAGAGACCUGAUCCUUUACGACAUUUCAAAGACUACAAUGGAGAAUUCGAUGUUCGAAACAAACAUUACCUAGCUUCUGCGGCAUUUACAGGAGUUCAUGGAUAUGCAUUUGCUGGAGUUUGGUUGUUAUGUGGAGUUGUCUUGGGUAUUUUCAUGAUUGUGAAAUGUCUAAGUGGUGGCUCUCCCUCGUUACCAUGCUUGGAUCAUUACUAUCUCCACAUUUUGUUCCUUCUUCUCUUGCUAACCUCUCUUGCCAUGUAACUCCCAAUUUUCCUACACUACAUUUUGCCGUGCAUUGAAUUAUUUGAAACAUGAUUUUAAAUUGCGGUGUCACUGCAAAUCUUUAUGUCGUAGUAAAAUGAAGAUAAGUGCGACCGCUAAAGUCGGUCCAAUAAUCUUCAAUAUUCAAUGAAGUUUAAAACAAAUUUUAAUAUAUACGGUCUUUUGUGAGCAUAUACGUGAUCUUUUUUAUUUAUAAAAACUAAUGACAAAUAAACUUUUGUU